UGUACUGAAUACUGUCAGUCCCUUCGUCGUGCCAUCCUGUAUUCCAAUAGAGCAAACACACGACGUGCACAUCACUACUCUCGGCAUUUUGGUUCUCUCAUCAAGCAACUCAAGGAGCCAAGUAACGGUAGUUCCUGCAGUCACUAUACUAGUACAUACAUGUAUAUAUAUUGAAUCCAAUCGAAUAUGGGCAAAUCCAAAUCCAACAACAAGGUGGGCCAAUCGCCAUCCCCAACACCACCAAAGGAUGAACUACCACUGGUAGUUGUCCUUCCAGGAGACGAUGUCACGGAUCGAAUACUACCGCCAUCCUCUGAUUCUUCUACUACUACUACCACUACCACGAAAAAGCCCAAGUUGGGUGUUGGCCUCUCGUACAAUCCCACUACGCAUCGUAUCCAAGCCACAUUGGCGGGCAAGUUGCGACAACAUCGCAACAACAAGGCGUUCUUUGUACAACAAAACACCAAACGAUACGUUCCUGCCUUGGAAGAUCGUGUGGUUGUAGUGGUCGAAGACCGGAUUGGCAGUGACGGGGUGGGCGGGGAUUUGUAUCGGGUCAACAUGGGCGGUCCUCAUCCGGCCUUGAUGAGCAGUCUCGCCUUUGAAGGCGCCAGCAAACGCAACAAGCCACAAUUUGCACCCGGGACACUCCUCUAUGCUCGCGUCGCCACACUCUAUCGCAACGGCAUGAUGGAUCCCGUAUUGUCCUGCCAAAAUGGACCCCACGAUCUGGGCAUUGCCCCCAAAGAUUGGAUGACCAACGAGGGGACGUACGGAGAACUCAAGGGUGGAACCAUGGCGCGUGUCUCGUUGGGAUUGGCACGAGAAUUGCUACGGCCCAGUACCAAUGUGGUCUUGGACGAAUUGGCGCAACCCCAGUACAAACUAGCAUUCGAACUGGCCGUCGGAGUCAAUGGAUUUGUGUGGGUUCACAGUACCCGACCGGAAUACACCAUUCUCAUUCACAAUGCCAUUCGAAACUCGGAAGUACUGACACCACCACAGGUACGGGCUAUGGUACAGUCGUUGGUCUUUACCGUACAAAAGCAAAUCCAACAGAAUGCUGACAGAGAAGAGGAUGUGUAGGAGUAGCUGCGGUACCGGUACCUGGUUCUGAUGAGUACCUGGCAGUGAUCUUAUUCAAUGGACUCUCUAAUACACCUACUCCAUCUUGGCACUUCUUCCUAGCUAGCUACUGUUUUUCGUGUUGAAAUGUAAAGAUAUCUACUAAACUGCACAUGCGCAAUGCAGUGUAAUCAUACCGUAACGAAAUCGACCGCACAGUGUAAUCUCCCCAAGAUCAUGUACUAUGUUGGACACACCCAACCCCGCCCAUGCUGUCGCUUGGUCUUCUUAUUUACUCAUAGCUCUAGCUAGGCUAGCUAGCGGCCAAAUGAUGAGACAGUUUUGUUACUGUCACCAUGGUCUUGUGUGUGCCCAUAAACUUGUGCCCUUCUGGGGCCAUUACGUUUCACCAGCUGUGAUUUGAGGAAUAAGAAGGGUAUUCUUCUGCAGUGCAAGCUUGUGGUUUUGCAAUCCGAUCCAGAAAGGUGGCCCCGCUUCGAUGCGUUCUGAAGACUUUCAUCAGCGCCUGGUUAUAUAUCAGAUGCAGACUGACUGAUGAGCUAAGAAAGACUGAGUGAUGAGGCCCGUCGAUGUGAGAGUCUCCUGAAACUUCCAAGGAGAGGAGACCAGGUGUCCCAUGGCACUCCUGCCACUCACUUCCAAAAGCAGCCAAACUUAGUGAGGUGGACCAAACGAGCUCUCUCGACGCAACUCUCCCCGGUGCCGGCAUCGGAGUGAGUCGUCGUUCAGAGGCAUGCUUUGCCCUCAGGGUUCGUACUCGUGGGUGCGUGCCAUGGGGUCAGCCACAUGUAUUGUGUGAUCUUAAAAGCUUCAUCAAUGUUGCUCCUCCACGUAAUGCAUGGCAACUACAAGGCUCGGUGUGGUAUAGCUAGAUAACGUUAGUUGCCGUAAAGAGCAACCAUCCCCGCGUUUACACAAGGUUUUCAUUGGAGAACUCCCACGGUUCCCCCAAGAUGGAGUUUGAAGAGCAAAUGAGCAAGAUAUCUAUCUAGUACUGAUGAAUCAAAUCAUGAUACAAGCCAUACAUGUUUGUCAAAUAUAGUAUCUUAUAGUAGGCGUUAGUUUAACUUUCCUAUGAAAGUGAUAUCCCA